AUGUCUCAGAAGCUUGCAAAACGGCCCUGGUUCGAAACAGAAGGCAUCCGCCAAAGGCAGUCAAAUCGGCAAAUCGUGGAGAAUUCCUGCAUCCUGGUUUUUGGGUCUUGUCCAGGAAUCCUGGAGUCCGAGCGCCUCCGUCUCGUGACUCGCCGAUUGUUUCUCUCGUUACCAAGAGCAACCGCUUCCUUAGCAACCAUCGCCCAAGAGGGCGCCGGCCACGCGGUGCCCAUUUCAAAGAUGGAGGAGAUAGCGUUUCCGCCCCGUCCACAAAAGCGCCUUUUUAAAAUCGUCGGAAUGGCAAGUUGCGCGACGAAGAAGUUGGGAUCCCAGCUGACAAAAAUUGCUUUGGCGUCGCAGAGCUUCCACUGCAGCUCUGCAGACCAGGCUGGUGGGCCGUGGAGAUUGAAGCACGCAAUGCCUGAGAAUGGGUCGCAGUACGGGCCCAUGACAGACCUGCCCGACUGGUCAUUUGCUGAUGGCUGCCCUGCCCCACCAAUGAAAGGUUACCUUCGUCGGAAGGAAAAGAACACAGAGUUUGUACGUCGUUUAGCCAUGAUCUCUUCAGAGGUUGACCACAGGAUGGAGAAGUGGGCGGCCAAGGUGAGGGAACAAGAGCAACAGGCCGAGGAAAAGCGACGCAACAGGCUCCAGCCAAAAGGAGGGAUCCUUCCCCCGGCCCCCAAAUAAACAUUCAUAUAAAUAUUUUUGGUCCUC